AUGGCUGGAAUCAACGCUAUAGAUGGAUGGUGGGAAGAAAGAUUAACAGAAAACACUAUAUAUUCAUUUGGUCCAGUUCCAGGUGUUCCCAUCACCACUUCCAACGUAUCCAUCAUGGCUCUGAUUCCUGGUAUAAAUUUGGAUUUCAUUGGAUGUACAUAUCUCUUUAUUGCAACAUUUAUCUCUGCAGUGAUUCAUGAACUCGGACAUGCAUUGUGUGCAUCAAGUUUAAAAGUCUCUCUGGUAUCAGCAGGAGCUGCUUUGUUUUUCAUUUGGCCAAGUGCAUUUGUCGAGCUAGAUUCAAAACUGCUGGCAAAAGUGUCGCCUUUGUCUAGACUGAAAAUAUCAAGUGCAGGAAUAUGGCACAAUAUAGUUCUGGCUACAGCGUCGUAUGGUGUGCUGCUCAAUUUGCCAUUGUUUUUGUUGCAGUUUGGGUAUACUCACACUGCAAUGGGACCUCAUUAUACCCAAGGUAUAGUUGUUGUUGCUGUGAGCGAUCAACUGAAAACAAGCAUCCGUGUCGGAGAUGUGAUUAGACAAAUGAACGGAAAGUUGGUGGGUGGUGCAAAUCAAUGGCGAGACUUGAUUCAUGAAACGACUCGUCAAGAUGCUUUUGGCAGAGGAUUCCGAGGUCGGUGUAUUCCACGAAACCGUAUCGAUCUUGAGCAAGAAUAUCGAUGCUGUUCAUAUUCUAAAAUACGGGAAAAUGCCGAGUUGAAAUGUUUAUGGAACAUUGAAGCAUUUGAAUAUGAAGGUUUAUCUCCCAUGAGAUGCGCGUCCAUAUCAGCGAUGGAAUUUGGAGCAAUAAAGUGCGAGUUUGCAAGAGAUUGUCCAUACGGACAAGUGUGCAUGGCACCAAAAGGACUGGCGUCUGACGACAAAGUAGUGGAGCUAACGGUUGUUAGAAAUGGACCAACAAAAUCGACAAAUAUGAUCAUGUUUGUAGGAGAUACACGCAGUCUUGUAGAGAAAGUUUUAGUAUCCGAGUUUAUAUUCCAAGCAAAAGAAUCAGACGGUAGAUAUCUAUGGAUUCCGAUUAUUCUGGAAACGUUUUUAAGAUACAUGAUAACGUCUACUGGAUUGCAGGUCACUUGCUCGGCUCCUGUUAAUAUUGCUGUUGUCAAAUACUGGGGAAAGCGGGACACUCAGCUAUUACUGCCAACCAACUCGUCCUUGUCCGUCACUCUCUCUCAGGAUCAUCUGAGAUCCACAACUACUAUUCAUACAGCUACGGACGCAUCCUUGGAGAGAGAUCGUCUAUGGCUCAACCACUCUGAAGUCAACAUUGCUGCAUCCAGUCGUUUACGCAAUGUUCUUGCAGAGGCCAGACGACUUAGACGGACUGUAGAAGAAGCCAAUCCAACACUUCCCAUACUCUCGACUUGUCCCUUGCACAUUGCUUCUGUCAACAACUUUCCAACUGCUGCUGGUUUGGCUUCGUCUGCUAGUGGUUUCGCUUGCAUGGUCUAUGCCUUGGAUCAACUGUUUGAGUUGAAUGGCCCAAACACUCAGACUGCUGAUCUACAGACUCGCCAUCUCUCCGACCUCUCUCGUCUUGCUCGCAUUGGGUCUGGCUCUGCUUGCAGAUCACUCUUUGGCGGCUUUGUCGCUUGGGAUAUGGGCGACCGUCUCGAUGGACUCGACUCGGUUGCUGUUCAAGUCGAUACCGAGUUGCAUUGGCCUGACCUUGAGGCUCUGAUCUUGGUUGUCUCGGAUGCUCAAAAAGACACUGGCUCCACUGUCGGUAUGCAGCGUACUGUCGAAACCUCGGCUCUGCUGCAGCAUCGCAUUCAUCAUGUUGUUCCCGAUCGGAUGGUUGAAAUGACCAAUGCCAUUCACUGCAAGGAUUUCGAUACCUUUGCCAAACUCACCAUGCAAGACUCGAACCAGUUCCAUGCUGUCUGUCUUGACACCUUCCCUCCCAUCUCAUACAUGAAUGAUAUUUCGAGAGCCAUUGUUCGCUUGAUCACAGCUUACAAUGAUCUUUUCACUGUCGAGUCUGGCACUGCUAAAGGCUAUCGUGUCGCUUACACAUUCGAUGCUGGUCCAAAUGCUGUCCUGUAUCUUCCAAGAAAGCAUGUUGCUGAAGUUCUUGGCUUGAUCAAUCACUUUUUUCCACAGCCUACCACUGCUUUCAAUCCUACUCAUUACUUUGGUCGUGCCGCAGAGUAUCUUCCUCAAGUUGAUUCAACCAAGAUCGCUUCCAUCGCUGAAAAAAUCAGUUUCUCUGCUUACCCUGCUGGCUCUCUCCAGCGUAUCAUCAGCACUCAUGUUGGUGAUGGACCUAGACUUCUUGCCCGCGGCUUUGAUCCAAAGGUUUCGCUUUUGGAUCAAUCCGGCAAUUUGAUUUAAACCCAUUCUUUAAUUGUAUUGCAUCCUGUGCUUUCAACCCAAAUCUGUGUUUUUGAAAAAUUAAGCUUUAUGAUCUUGGUUUGAUUGUU